AUGUCAAAACCAGCACUUUUGAAGGCGGCAAUUCUUGUAGUAUCAACGACAGCCUCCAAGGACCCCUCGGCUGACAGCUCAGGUGGGGUUUUAAGUCAGGUCUUCGAAGAAGAAGGGGUUGGGAAAUGGGAGGUUAGUGAGGUGAAGAUUGUGGGGGAUGAGGUACUGGAUAUUCAAAGAGCUAUCACCGCAUGGACGGACCGGGAAAAUAGUCUGAAUGUAAUCAUCACAACUGGAGGGACGGGUUUUGCAGUACAUGAUACUACGCCAGAGGCAGUUACCCCGCUACUACAUAAGCAAGCACCAGGUCUCGUCCAUGGCAUGCUGACUGCUUCAUUAGCUGUUACUCCUUUUGCUCUCAUGUCAAGACCAGUUGCUGGUGUCAGGAACAAGACCCUCAUCAUUACACUCCCUGGCUCUCCUAAAGGAGCUAAAGAGAACCUUCAAUCAAUCCUGAAACUUCUCCCCCAUGCAUGUCAACAAGCAGCAGGAGCAGACUCAAGGACCCUUCACGCCGGAGGUGUGAAGAAGUUAGAGAAGGAAGCAGGUGUUAGCCCUGGCCAUCAACCACAUUCUCAUGCCCCCGAUCAUUCGCAUGGUCACUCUCAUGGGCAUGGACACAGCCACGGACACGCAAUGCCUGUUCGGCACACAGCCCCCAAUGACAACCCACGCUCAAAUGACCCAGCGCUCGGUCCAACGAGGCGGAAUCGUUCAUCUCCAUAUCCCAUGUUAGCAGUAACAAGUGCAAAGGUCGAUGGAACACUCGUCGGAUCUGUUCUAUCAGCAGAUGUCACAGCGACAGAAGCAGUACCAGCAUAUCGAGCUAGCAUCGUGGAUGGCUACGCUGUUAUUGCCUCUGAAGAUGGAAGCUCCAGUCAAGGCACAUUCCCAGUGGCAUCAAUAUCUCACGCCACACCGGGUGAUAUCCCUGAACUGAAAACUGGCCAAAUUGCUCGCAUUACAACUGGAGCUCCACUUCCACCUGGUGCUACUUCAGUAGUCAUGGUUGAGGAUACUGUCCUGAAAACCAUGACUGAUGAUGGCAAAGAAGAGAAAGAAGUUGAAAUACUGGCAGAGGGCGUCAAGGAUGGUGAAAAUGUUCGUGAAGUGGGUAGUGACAUCAAAAUAGGAGAAGUCAUCCUCCGGAAAGGAGAAGAAAUCUCGGCCAUAGGUGGAGAAUUAGGCCUGCUGGCUUCUGUAGGCAAAGCAGAAGUCACGGUCUACAAGAAGCCGAUUAUCGGAGUUUUAUCAACAGGCGAUGAAAUUGUCGAGCACAGCAGACUGGGAGACUUACGACUGGGAGAAGUCCGGGAUUGUAACAGGCCAACAAUCCUGUCUGCGGUGCGAGGUUGGGGGUUCGAAGCCAUCGAUCUUGGAAUUGCAAAGGAUAAACCAGGAGCGCUGGAAGAGCACUUGCGAGACGCUCUCCGCAAGGUCGAUGUGAUCAUUACCUCAGGAGGCGUGUCAAUGGGUGAGCUCGACCUAUUGAAACCAACUAUUGAGCGAUCGCUAGGCGGCACUAUACAUUUUGGCCGGGUGUCUAUGAAACCCGGGAAGCCUACUACCUUCGCUACCGUACCAGUAAAGAACAACGCCGGAGAACGAGUCUCAAAAGUCAUCUUCUCACUACCCGGGAAUCCAGUCUCCGCAGUAGUAACGCUCCACCUCUUUGUCCUACCAUCUCUGCAUCACCUCUCUGGUGUCUCUCCUCCAGGCUUGCCGAAAGUACUGGCCACGCUUGAUCAUGAAUUCCGGCUUGACCCCCAGAGAGCAGAAUAUCAUCGCGCUAUUGUUGUCAUGGGCAAGGAUGGGCUCCUGCAUGCUAGUAGCACUGGUGGCCAACGAAGCUCUAGGGUAGGGAGUUUGAAGAGUGCGAAUGCACUGUUGUGUUUGCCCACAGGGAACGAACCUCUAAAGAAAGGAGACAAGAUCGAGGCAUUGUUGAUGGGCAAGGUGAGAGUCGAUGUGGUAUAA